AUGAUGCCCCGUAAAGCUUUUCUUUCCCAGAAAGAAAAGCAGGCUCGUGCCAGGGAAAGGGAUAUGUUAAAAAAGAGGAGGAGGCGACAAGACUAUCUCAAAAGAAGCGUGGAGCCGCAGAAAAAUGCAGAAACAAUAAAAUGGCACAGGGAUGAUGAGAAGAGGAGAGAAAAUGAGCAAGUUAAGGACAAAGAUAUCAAGAAGCGGUGGAGACAGGAUGAGAGAGAACGACGAAAGAAUGUGGACGCUAUGAAUUGGCGCAGGGAAGAUGAGAAGAGGGAAAAUGAGCGAGAAACUAUGUUCCAACUUCCUGUCAACAACCUUGGCAGUUUAAGAAAGGCCCGGAAAACUGUGAAAAAAAUACUUAGUGACAUUGGUUUGGAAUACUGUAAAGAACAUAUAGAAGAUUUUAAGCAGUUUGAACCUAAUGACUUUUAUUUGAAAAACACUACAUGGGAAGAUGUAGGACUGUGGGACCCAUCGCUUACAAAAAAUCAGGACUAUCGGACAAAGCCCUUUUGCUGCAGUGCAUGUCCAUUUUCCUCAAAGUUCUUUUCAGCGUACAAAAGCCACUUCCGGAAUGUUCAUAGUGAAGACUUUGAAAAUAGGAUUCUCCUUAAUUGUCCUUACUGUACUUUCAAUGCGGACAAAAAGACUUUGGAAACGCACAUUAAAAUAUUUCAUGCUCCAAAUGCCAAUACACCGAGUGGAGGCAUCAGCACUUUUAAAGAUAAAAACAAACAUGAUAGCCUUAAACCUAAGCAGGCUGACAGUGUAGAACAAGCUGUUUAUUACUGUAAGAAGUGCACUUACCGAGAUCCUCUGUAUGAAAUAGUUAGAAAGCACAUUUACAGGGAACACUUUCAGCAUGUUGCUGCUCCUUACGUAGCAAAGGGAGGUGAGAAGUCACUCAAUGGUGCAGUUCCGUUAAGUUCCAGUACCCGAGAGGAGGGUAGUGUUCACUGCAAACGAUGCCUUUUUAUGCCGAAGUCAUACGAAGCUUUAGUACAGCAUGUUAUCGAAGACCAUGAACGUAUAGGAUAUCAGGUGACAGCAAUGAUAGGUCACACUAACGUAGUGGUUCCGAGAUCUAAACCUUUGAUGCUAAUAGCUCCAAAACCACAGGAUAAAAAGCCUAUGGGGCUCCCUCAGAGGAUGGGUCCCCUUUCCCCUGGAAGUGUUCGAUCUCUUUCGUCACAACAGAUGAUGAACAGACUCACUAUACCAAAGCCUACAUUGAAUUCCACCGGAGUGAAUAUGAUGUCAAAUGUUCACCUACAACAAAACAAUUAUGGAGUCAAAUCAGUACCGCCGAGUUACGUCGGCCAGCCAGGGGGAAGGCUAAACUUAAGUGGCAAUGCACCGGUUUCUAUCUCGCAGCAAUCACAAACAAUGAAACAGUUCUCAGCAAGUGGAAACGGAAGGCCUUACACUCUUGGAGGGGAACAGAGAUCACAGGCCUCGGCAAGAUAUUCUCUGCAGUCUGCCAAUUCGUCUUCUCUUUCAUCAGCUCAGCUGAAACAGACGUCAUUAUCUCAGUCGCAGGCAGCUUCAAGAGUAUUAGGUCAGUCUGGUUCGAAAUCUCCUGUAGCUGCUACAGGUCCUUCCACUGUCAAUACAUCAUCCACGCAGAAGUGGAAAAUCUGUACAAUCUGUAACGAGCUGUUUCCUGAAAAUGUGUACAGUGUCCACUUUGAAAAGGAGCACAAGGCUGAAAAGGUGCCUGCAGUAGCUAACUAUAUAAUGAAAAUUCACAAUUUCACUAGCAAAUGUCUAUACUGUAAUCGCUAUUUACCCACUGAUACAUUGCUUAAUCAUAUGUUAAUACAUGGUCUGUCUUGUCCGUAUUGCCGUUCAACCUUCAAUGAUGUUGAAAAGAUGGCUGCUCACAUGCGAAUGGUUCAUGUUGAUGAAGAAAUGGGACCUAAAACUGAUUCCACUCUAACCUUUGAUUUGACAUUGCAGCAGGGUAGUCACACGAACAUACAUCUUCUUGUAACCACCUACAACCUGAGAGAUGCUCCUGCUGAAUCUGUAGCUUACCAUGCUCAGAAUACUCCCCCAGUUCCUCCAAAACCACAACCGAAAAUCCAGGACAAGUCUGAUGUACCUGUAAAAAGCUCGCCACAAGCAGCAGUUCCCUACAAAAAAGACGUGGGGAAAACUCUCUGUCCUCUGUGCUUCUCAAUCCUAAAAGGACCCAUCUCUGAUGCACUUGCACAUCAUCUACGGGAGAGGCAUCAAGUAAUUCAGACAGUUCAUCCAGUUGAGAAAAAGCUCACCUACAAGUGCAUUCAUUGUCUCGGUGUUUAUACUAGUAACAUGACUGCCUCAACUAUAACGCUGCACCUUGUUCACUGCAGAGGCGUUGGGAAGACCCAGAAUGGCCAGGACAAAGGUACUUCGUCAUCUCGGCUAGGCCAGUCUCCGGCUGUAGCACCGGUCAAACGUACUUACGAACACAUGGAAUUCUCGCUAAUGAAGAAAAGGAAAAUGGAUGAUGACGACUCCCCCUCUGCCUUUGAGGAAAAGCCUGAAGAACCUGUAGUUCUAGCAUUGGACCCUAAGGGUCAUGAAGAUGAUUCCUACGAAGCCAGGAAAACAUUUCUUACAAAGUAUUUUAAUAAGCAACCAUAUCCCACUAGGAGAGAGAUUGAAAAGUUGGCUGCCAGUUUGUGGCUAUGGAAAUCUGAUAUUGCAUCUCAUUUUAGUAACAAAAGGAAGAAAUGUGUUAGAGAUUGUGAAAAAUACAAACCUGGUGUGCUGCUUGGUUUCAAUAUGAAAGAGUUAAACAAGGUUAAACACGAAAUGGAUUUUGAUGCUGAAUGGCUGUUUGAAAACCAUGAUGAAAAGAAUUCCAGAGUCAAUGUUAGUAAGACUGUUGAUAAAAAGAUAAACUUAGAAAAAGACAAUGACAGUUCCUCAGACAGCUAUGAAAAUAUAGAAGAGGAAUACAAUGAAAGCGGUAGUCCAUUUGGUCAGCCUAUUUCUGACACUGGUGGGAAAACCUCUUCUGAUAGCAUAGUGGAGAACCCAGAGGACAGCAUAUCCAAGGAAGUCAUUGAAGAAACUACAUUGCAGUCUCCAGAAAAGUCUGAUCAAAAACCAGAGGAAAGCUCUAAAUACGAAGAGAUUAUUUCUGCUGAAGAACCAACAAAACUGGUAGGUGAUGUUUCAGAUAGCGAUGGUGAUCAGGAUGAUCAAGAUGAUGCUGUUGAAUGGAAAGAUGGAGCGUCGCAGUCUGAAAGUGGGCCUGGUUCUCAGCAGGCUUCUGAUUUUGAAGAUAAUACAUCGGAAGUAAAACCAGAAGCGUGGACAGAUGAAUCCUCCCAAAGUGAAGAUGUUGGUAGCAGUAAACCGACUGUUGAAACAAAAGGGGGUGGAUCUGAAAGUGAUGAAGAACAGUCAAAGUGGAAGAAUCGUUCCUAUGGAAAAGUAGAAGAGUUUUGGUCUAAGGACCAGUCGCAAUGGAAAAAUACGUCAGAGAUUGAGGAGAGCUUGUCAAAUGAGCAGAUGGAAUGGCAGAAUAGCACAAUUGACAGCGAGGAUGGAGAUCAGUUUGACAAUGUGACUGACAGCGUAGCAGAACCAAUGCAUAGCAGUUUAACUGGUGUGGAGCUGAGUAGCCAGCAAGCAUAAGCUGCUCGAUUCCCAAGCGUCAGCAAUAGGAUCCAGUCUACAGCUGUCUAACCCCCUUCAUUUCGGUAUGACUGCUACGCUUAAAGUU